AUGAGUGUCAUUAGUUGGAAUUGUCGGGGAUUGGGUAACCCGAGUGCAGUUCUUCAUUUGAAAUACCUCAUCCGUAGAUAUAAACCGGAUGUAAUGAUAUUGUAUGAGACUUUGGUCAACUCAAAUAAAACAACUGAUUUGCGUUAUGAGUUGAGUUUUGAUUCUUGUCUUGUUGUUGAUCGUGAAGGAAGAGGAGGGGGAGUGGCUGUUUUUUGGAAUAAUCAUGUAAAUUGUAAUAUCACCAAUUAUUCUUCCAAUCAUGUUGAUAUUGAGGUGGCUGAUUCAGGUAAGGGGAAUUGGAGAUUAACAGGUUUUUAUGGUUAUCCGGAAGGUAGUCGUAGAAGAGACUCUUGGAAUUUACUCCGACAACUUUCUCAACGAUCUAAUUUACCUUGGUGUGUCAUUGGUGACUUCAAUGAUAUAUUGUCUUCAGAUGAAAAGAAAGGUAGAGCUGACAGAGCAAAUUGGUUGAUAAAUGGUUUUAGAGAAGCGGUGGGAGAUGCUGGUUUAUUUGAUCUGUUUAUGCAUGGUUAUCAAUUCACUUGGUUUAAAAGCUUGGGAACAAAUCGUGCGGUUGAAGAAAAAUUGGACAGAGCUUUAGCAAAUGAUUCAUGGAGUCAACAUUUUCCUAAUGCUAGAUUGGAGUGCUUGACAGCUACCUCAUCUGACCAUUAUCCAUUGUGGCUUGUCUGUGAGCCGAUUCAGCCCACUUCUUAUGCACCGAGACAUUUUAAAUUUGAGAUGGCUUGGAUGGAAGAUCCAGAAUUUGCUAACUUUGUUCGCAACAGGAGGAUCGUUUUUGGAAACAAAGAGCCAAAACUUUCUGGUACAAGGAUGGAGAUUUAA